ACCCACCCAUCUCUGUCUAUUAAUCCAACAGCUGUGGGGAGACUUGAGCCACCACAUUUGGUCUCAGCCGUUGAUCGCCUAGGCUUUGCCGCAUUUGUUUGCGAGACUCAGAGACUUGUCCCUUAGUAUAAUCGUUGUUGUGUUGUUGAAGUCUAAGUUUUAGGUCGUUUACCUCUCUCUCUCUCUCUCUCUCUCUCUCUCUCUCAGAGCCUAUUUUUCAUCUCUGCAAGUUUCUCUGUGAUUUCUUUCUCUGUGAAACAAUUCCAUUGUCAGCAAGCUAGCUCACAUUCUCUCAGAAACCCAUUGUUGGGAAUUUAGCUCUGUAAUGGACACAACGUCAUUGGUACCUCCGUGGCUAGAGCCAUUGCUAACCACUUCGUUUUUCUCCGUCUGCCGGCUUCAUGGAGAUGCGGCAAGGAGUGAAUGCAACAUGUUUUGCUUGGACUGUAACGGCGCCGAUGCAUUUUGCUUUUAUUGCCGUUCUUCACGCCACAAGGAUCAUCAAGUCAUUCAAAUAAGAAGAUCUUCCUAUCACGAUGUGGUGAGAGUUUCAGAGAUUCAAAAGGUGUUGGACAUAAGCGGAGUCCAGACGUAUGUGAUAAACAGUGCCAGAGUUUUGUUUCUGAAUGAGAGACCUCAGCCAAAAGCUGCGAAAGGGGUUGCCCACAUAUGCGAAAUCUGUGGGAGAAGCCUCUUGGACCCAUUUCGUUUCUGUUCACUUGGCUGUAAGCUUGUAGGAAUAAAGAGAAAUGGGGAUGGAAGCUUUAAGUUAGAGGCUAAGAAUGAAGAACUAUUAAUGGAAAGAAGGGAAGGGAUUAUUCCAAGGAGAUCAGUCUCAUCAAGAGAGGAAGAAGAAUUGCGUGAAGGCGCACAACAAGACAUAUACCCGUCCACGCCUCCCCCACCUCCUUCUAAUGCAAGGAGAAGAAAAGGCAUUCCUCAUAGGGCUCCCUUUGGAUCCUAAUGAAGUGCCCUCUCCCCAAAUAAAAAAAAUAACAAGUACAUUUAUCAACCCAACUUAAUUAUCUUGCAGGGAUUUAGCUUAGGUGCGCGCCGUAAAAAAAAAAAAAAAUUACAAAACUUUUUUGUAAUUUUUUUAGGGUUCAUAUUUAAUUUCAUGCUAAAUUAUAUUUGAAUCGUUAAAAAAAUUACAAGAAAAUUUCUGUAAUUUUUUUUUUUUUUUAACACCACCUAAACUAAACCCAUCUUGCACGACCCACCCUUUGGGGUCUUUGUCCGGAGAAAGUAUUGGGUAGCCUUCGGUGGGGGUUGUCCAAAAGACAAAAAAAGGUGUGCAAGAAAGUUCUCUCUUUGGGGGAUGGGUCCCAAACAACAAAUUCUCUCUUGUGAAGAAGCAAUAAUGCACAAUUGUUAUUGAUAGUUGCAAGGUGUAUAUGUCAUUAAGAAAUUGAAAGCAAGUCUUUGUGGAGUCCGUUUUAUAGUUUCCCGAUGGCCCACAACCCACAUGGGCCGUUUACAUAAAGAAACAACACCUUUUUAUUGUUUAAUACUUGUAAUAUUGGGCAAAUCAACUCUUUAUGAAUGUUUCCAAGAUUGGAGAAAUCAAUGAAUUAUGUUCAUAUUUUCCUCCUUC